UUAAAAAAUAGAUCUAAAGUUAAAGCUUUUCCAUUUCUUCCAGAUGAGGUUAGAACUGGUAUCUACAGACAACUUUUCCACCCUGAGCAGCUGAUAACUGGCAAAGAAGAUGCUGCUAACAAUUAUGCCAGAGGUCAUUAUACUAUUGGUAAAGAAAUUGUUGAUUUGGUUUUGGACAGGAUCCGAAAACUUGCUGACCAAUGUACUGGUUUGCAAGGCUUUUUAAUCUUCCACAGUUUUGGUGGUGGAACUGGUUCUGGCUUCACAUCUCUGCUCAUGGAACGUCUAAGUGUUGACUAUGGUAAGAAAUCCAAACUGGAAUUCUCUAUUUAUCCUGCUCCCCAAGUGGCAACUGCUGUUGUGGAACCUUAUAAUUCUAUCCUUACCACCCACACCACACUAGAGCAUUCUGACUGUGCAUUCAUGGUUGAUAAUGAAGCUAUUUAUGACAUCUGUCGUAGGAAUCUGGACAUUGAACGACCAUCUUACAGUAAUUUAAACCGGCUUAUUGCCCAAGUGGUCAGUUCUAUCACUGCUUCUCUGCGUUUCGACGGUGCCCUUAAUGUUGACCUGACUGAAUUUCAGACCAACUUGGUGCCUUACCCAAGAAUCCAUUUUCCUUUAGCUACGUAUUCUCCGAUUAUUUCUGCAGAGAAAGCCUAUCAUGAACAACUAACCGUGGCAGAAGUGACCAACGCUUGCUUUGAACCAGCUAAUCAGAUGGUCAAAUGUGACCCUCGUCAUGGUAAGUAUAUGGCCUGCUGUAUGUUGUACAGGGGUGAUGUUGUUCCAAAAGAUGUCAAUGCCGCAAUUGCUGCUAUCAAAACCAAACGUAGUAUUCAGUUUGUUGACUGGUGCCCCACUGGUUUCAAAGUUGGCAUAAACUACCAACCUCCUACUGUUGUUCCAGGUGGUGACUUAGCACAAGUGCAACGUGCUGUGUGCAUGUUGAGCAAUACCACUGCCAUUGCUGAAGCCUGGGCUCGUCUUGAUCGUAAAUUUGACUUAAUGUAUGCCAAACGUGCUUUCGUUCAUUGGUAUGUGGGGGAGGGUAUGGAAGAAGGGGAGUUUUCAGAAGCUCGUGAAGAUUUGGCAGCUCUCGAGAAAGACUAUGAAGAGGUUGGAAUCGAUUCCACUGAAGCAGAAGAGGAAGAGGAGGGAGAAGAAUAUUAAUUUUAAAAGAAAUUAUAAACCAAAACAGAACAUAUUUUAUGAACGCUAUUUUGUAAUUAUACUGUAUAGUUAAACUAAUUUUUGUUGUUCAUGUUUCAACUGUAUAUUUAUCUGGAUGUUCUAAUAAAAUGUAUAUUCAAUUUUAAUGUCCAA